AUGUUGGAACUGAAAUGGGGUGAUCGCUUACUUGACCGAUUCGGCCGUGAUUUCAACGAUUGCGAAGAGAAGGCGUGGCUUAUCACGAGCCAUACAAACAACGCGAUGCUGUAUAAAAGACGUGCUGACGUUCCCCCACGUGGUGUCUGCACCCGAUCACUGUGUUUGAAUGCCACGAGCACGUUAGCCGUCGACAUCAUCGAUUCAGAUGACGAUCUCAGCCCCACGUCAAAUCAGAAGAAGCUGUGCCUCUUGUGCCAGCAUGAACGCAACAGAGAACGGGGUCAACGGUCACGAAAGACGAGCCAGAGUGCGGCGUUCCCUUACCACACUCAUCCAGUUACCGAGGAUUACAUCGUUUCUCACGAGAUUAUCGGAAUCGGUGAAUCAGGUAAGGUGAUGGCUUGCUACAAUAAGGACACCAAUGAGAAAUACGCUCUGAAAGUACUGCGUGACGGACCAAAAGCUCGUCGUGAAGUCAGCCUACAUUACCUUACAAAAAGUCGGGGAAAUUAUACGCCAGAUCGGGUCGGCGGUACAAUAUCUACACGACAUGAACAUUGCACAUCGGGAUAUCAAGCUGGAAAAUAUCUUGUGCAGACUACGGGUUUGCCAAAACGUCCUGAACGGAAUGUCCUGAUGGAAUCGCCUUGUUGUACUCCAUUUUAUGCACCUCCUGAGGUGCUCAGUCGUGAACGCUACGACAAAUCCUGUGAUAUGUGGUCCCUUGGUGUUGCAAUGUACAUACUACUAUGCGGUUAUCCGCCGUUCUACAGCAUGAAGGGUCUAGCCUUAUCGCCGGGCAUGCGAAAUCGAAUAUCGAAGGGAUACUACGCGUUUCCGCCGGAGGAAUGGGACCACGUGUCUCAAUCCACGAAAGAUGAAAUCCGUUCGCUGCUCCGAACUGACCCUACUGAACGGAUGACCAUCCAUACAUUGAUGAACACACCCCUUGUUACCGGUGAGAAAGCACCAGAAGGAAUUCCCAUCCCUGGUGCAAUUGAAGAAGAUGAAGAUGAGGUACCAGAAGAACCGGUUGUCGUGCCACGCAGUGUACGAUUUUUACGCGAUGGUGUGAAGGCGCCUCGUUUGCACAGUAUCCAGGAAGAAGUUGGUCGCGCACUGGAUAUGAUGCGUCUUGGCGGUGAUCUCGUCUUUCCUAAAAGGUCCACAAGCUUCAUGCAAUAG